UCUAAUCUCAUUCGAUUGGCAUAUCGCGAGUUCAACCGCGGUAGUAGUACGCUCGAUGUCAGCGUGGACGUUCGACGUUCCCUAGCAAGCUACCACCUUCUACUCCGUUGGCUACCAUCCCUUCGUCUUCACCCUUUCGUUGCCUGCUGCUUCCGAAAUAUCGAACAUCGUUUGCUAAUCCAUAAAUCGUUGGCUGAUCGAUGUCAAAAUUCACGGGAGGACGAUCGAUCGAUUGAAAAGUGAAGAUUGUUUCCAUUCUCUUAGACGAAAUCACUUAUCUUGGGAGUAAAUAAUUCUUUGGGGGUUGGUUGCAAUAUUUUCCGACGAUUUGAACUUUCAACUCGAGUAUGAACGCGCGGAGGAACGUUUGUGUCCAGUGAAUUUACGUGAAAGACGCUGAGGAAGGCUGAUAGUUUGGAGCAACUGGCAAGACGUUCUCGUGGAAGCAAGGAGAUUUAAUCACAAAAGAAUGGGAAUAAGCAGAAGCAAUAUUGUCGGAACAUUUGUGCUUUUUAUGCUGAUACUUUCGGUUAUCCAAGCUCUUCCAUACAACAAGGAAAGCUCUUCGAAAAGAAACAGUCUAUCCGACGCAUCGGGUUUAAAAGAAGUCAAAUGCCUCUUCGUGAAUAAAAAGCUACCUAUCUGCGAUCCGAAAUGGGGGUUCGAUUUAAGCGAAGAAUCGGCAGAUGACCAAAACAGACUAGACUUAGAGAAACACAUUGAUAGGCACAUUCAUCGUAAGAGGAGAGACGUUGAACUCACGCUUGACACACGUUUCGUCGUCUAUGCGUUUAAGAAUUGUUUACCAUCCGAGCCUGAUAACUUGCGUGCGCUGAUGCCUUUCUGCGAAGAAAUUAUGCGCUCCCAUCACUUAGACAAUAUCCUCCGUGUAGAAAUGUUCGACCCAUUCGUAAUAGACGGUGUGACGACACCGCCGUAUUACUUUCCGAGCAGGCCAACUGCGUCUAGCAGAAAGCAUCGCGUUCCGAAUCCCAGGGACAAGCUCAUAAACCCCUUAGCAAUGGAAGAUUCGAUGCCGAAUGCGAUCGCCGUCAGCAUGAGCGUCUCGAACGGCUCCUCGAGCAGGCUCGUUCCUCGCAGCUGGCCGAAACCCGCGGGAACAAUGGACAAAGAGGGCGAAAUGAUCGCGGACAUCGUGCGAAACGAGUCGCGAAAGCCUUCCGCCUCGGCGAGCAUCGAAAAUACGAGCGGCGAUCCUGCGGCGGGCUCUCGAAUUCCCAGCGACGCGACGAUUGUCCAGGAUCGGCGGGAUAAAGUGAAAUCACGCGGGAAAAAGUUGCAUCGUUACGAGCCGAAAAAUUUCGGGGGGAAUCGCCGCUGGAAAAUGAUCGUCCACGAUAAGAGGAAGUCGAAAACGAGAAGACACCCUCAACUCUAACGAUUCCUGAGGCUUCGAGAAUUUCAGAUUCCUCCGACGUGUCGAAAUUGACUGGGAAUUUCAUUGUUGGAAACUCGGUUAACGAGGAUCGUGACAAUUCGAAUAAUUUGUCGGUGGAUUUAUGUAAGAAUGGAGAAUCGAUUGUGGAGUAAGGAAAGCUUGCGAUUCUAUGAACCGACGACAUUGACAAACAUCGUCGAACAAUGUUAAAUUUGGGUUCCAUGGGAUUGAGUUUAGCGGUCGAUUGUGGUUCGACGCUGUGGGAUUGAGUUGGAUUUGAUCAAACUACUGCAAAUUGAAAUAAACAUUGUUUUAUUGAUAAGAGAAAUUGCAUAGCGUAACUGUGAAUUAUAUUCGUUUAGAGAUACCUACGGUUAAAGUAUCUACGGACGCGAUUAAAAUACUUUCAAACAGUUUGCUGAAAAUUAUGGAAUUGUGAUGUUAUUGCGAUGAGUGUGUUAUAUCAGACUGUACUAAACCGAGUCAAACGUGCAUAGGUUCUAUCAAAUCUUUACAACAGAAUCAGAAUUGUAUCUUUCAAUAAUAAAGAUUGUAUCAGUGACUGAAUCAAACAAUCUCAAACCCAGUCAAACAGCGUCAAACUCACUCGGCUGUCGUCAAAUUUAAACGAAUUUCGUAACGGAAAUGAAAUAUAGGGAUGCGGUACGCGUUGAAUGUUGAAAAAAUAUAAAAAAAACUAUAAAAAGGUAAAGAAUGCUGUUUGCGGGGGACAGUCGUCGACGCGACUUUUCAUUUCCUUAAGUGGAGAUAAGGCGGGCAGCGCGGAAACUCGCUGGGGCGGAGUUGAUUCAUUAAGCGCGACAAUUAGAGCCGUUAGAGAAUCCGUUCGCUGUUCUGGGCGUUUGUUUCGCGUCUCGUUACCAUUGCUGACACUUGGAACGGACCGUGUGAUUAAAAAUCGAGCAUCGGAUUAACACUUUGUCGGGCACAGUAUCGUAAGAUCGAAAGAAGUGACUGGAGUUCGAGCUAAUGUAACUCUCUGAUUAAUUGCACGUCAUCGAAGUCACAUUAAUAUUAUUUUUGAAAUUUGAAAUUUGAAAUUUGAAAUUUGAAAGUUGAUAGUUAAAAGUUGGAAUUUGAAGUUUGAAAUGAAAAAUUUGAAAUGUUUACAGUGAUGUUAUUUAUAAGCAUUCGUUUCAUUUAUUUAGAUAUUAAUAUGGAUUUUCAAUAUCCUUCAUAAUGCAUCUGUUUAAUUAGAAAUGUAGGUUGUAGAAGAAAUCAGAAUAUCUUUGUCGCAGAUAUCUCGUCUACAACUUGACUUGAAAAGGAAAAAAAGGAAGAAAGAACGGAAGGAGAGGCGAGAAAUAAAAGUACGGAUCUUGUUGAUUGCAUGUCACCGUUACGAGAAUAAUGUAGUAAAUAGAGUCGAAGAAUUUGUCGGGCUCGCUACGUCCCUCGAUCCUGUUUGAAAAUUUGGAACGAAAUUUGUCAGAGAAGACAAGCUGACAGAUUGAAAAGUGGUGGGGUCCAAACCGAUCGCGCGUUCGUUUCUUUCUUCCCCCUUUUCUCCGUGGCACGCCCUCCAAUCCCGCCGAAGCACGGAAAAACGGCCCGGCUCGAUUCCUUAUUCCGACAAAUCGCGCGAACUUCCCUCCAUCUUACCACGGAAAUAUUAUUAUUCUCUCCAGGCACCGAUACGAAUUCAGCGCGGCCAAAAUUCAAACGUUCAAACACUUUGAACCCGAGUUUAUAGCUUGGAUUAUAAACUGCGAGAAAUAUUUUUAACCUUCCGCGGUCGAAUAGCGCGACUUGGAGCUUCGAUAUCUGAAAUUGAAAGCUGCCAACGAAUAAUUUAAUUAUUUG